ACGAAACACCGGCAAGGAAGGGGUGUGAGGGCGGGUUGUGUGUCUCCUCCUCCCGGUAGUAGCCGGUGGUUCUCUUCCUCUCUGUGCCUGAACUGUACACGGGGCGAUCUUCUGACAUGACUCCGCUCUGCUUCCUCUGCCUCGGGCUCCUCCUCGGCCUCCCGGCGGGUGUGCGGAGCAGGAAAGGUGACGUCAUAGAGAUCACCGACAACAACUGGAGGGAAAUCCUCACCGGGGAGUGGAUGAUCAAAUUCUACGCUCCCUGGUGUCCCGCCUGCCAGAAACUGCAGCCAGAGUGGAAGGAAUUUUCUGAAUGGGGAGAAGACCUCAAUGUCAACGUUGCAAAAGUGGAUGUGACGGCUCAGCCAGGACUGAGCGGCCGUUUUAUCAUAACAGCCCUGCCUACCAUAUAUCACUGUAAAGAUGGAAUUUUCCGGAAGUACCAAGGAGCCAGAACAAAUAAAGACUUCAUAAACUUUGUGAACGAGAAGGAGUGGGAGGGGCUGGAACCCAUGUCGUCGUGGUUCAGCCCGGACUCGCUACUAAUGAGCGGCAUGUCAGCGCUAUUCCAUCUAUCAAUGUAUAUUCGGUACUGUCAUGAAUACUUUGUGGAGGAUCUGGGUAUUCCAGUGUGGGGAUCGUAUGUCAUCUUUGGAUUCCUCACUCUACUUCUAGGUCUCUUUCUGGGCUUGCUUCUGGUGUUUUUGGCAGAUUACCUGUGUCCGACAAAGAGGCACCGACCCCAGGGAUACCCACAGCACAAAAAACUGAGCCCUGAGGCUGUCAGAAUACUGAAACAGAUGGAGGAAGAACGGGAGAAGGAGGCAAAGUCUGACACGGCGAACAAUGAAGAAUCGCCAGAGAACAACCUCUCCAGGGAAAGUAUCCGGAAACGCACUGCGAAAUCCUAAACCCCACCACCCUGUGUAACAGCCAGAAAAAGACAUUACUGAAGAACGAUCAUGACCACCUAGCUCCAGAUCCAGUUCCUCCACAUGACCUGGGUCCAGAAUCCAGUUCUCUGUCUUCCUGGUCAGACUUGCAGACUUUGCUCUACAAAAUGGAGGCCUGGGAUGACACAGCGCUUGCUAAAGAAUUUUUUUUGGGAGUUUUGCAUACAUUUUCUUUUUCAAUAGACUGUAAUUUCUUCGGUGAAAACACUGUAUAUUAUGCAACCCUCGACACCCGUCGUAAAGUAUUACUGUACAUAAUGGACUAUGUAUUUCCCUCUACCCAAGCUGGUUCUGGCUACUUUGCGGUUUGUCUGUAGAGCUUGUAGACAUAAAUUCUCCACUUCUAAUA